AUGGACAAUGACAGUUUCACAGACGUGUCCAGCAUUACAACCGACAAUGAAGACGAUAACGACACGUUUACGACAGUCACCGAUUUGACAUACUACACCCAUGAUCUUUUCAAUGACGACAGCAGUGACGUCAUACUUGAUAUCUCCCUCACCAAAGAUGAAUACGAACUUAUCAAUGACACAUCAAAUCAUGCACCAUACUGGGAGGACGAGAUCUUCAGAGGCGAGAUCAACGAGCACGGGAGGCUGGAGAUGCUUCCCCCAGCCCUGGUCGCACACGACCACGACGAGGGCGCAAACGGAAAAAUCUGUCAUUUUAACAUCUUAGAAAGCGUACCGUUUACCGCCAGCGUGCAGACCGGGGCGACGGGCGGGGCAGGGACCAUCGAGGCGGUCAGCGGCGCCAUCAACGCGGCGGUCAAAGACUGCGACGAAAAUAGGGAGUGGAAAUUUCAUAUUCAGGCGUCCGACUGCGGCACGCCCUCUCUCCCCUCCCCAACAGCGCAAGUUCAUAUCGUCAUGCGCGACCCAAAUAAUAACAAGCCACGCUUCUUACAAAAUUCGUACGAAGCAACGGUAGAAGAAGGCACGGUGCCUCAUAAAUUUCUCCAGAUUCAAGCGGUCGAUGACGACUGCUCGCCUGGAUUUUCCACGAUCUGCAGCUACGACAUUAUGACCCCGGGGAUGCCCUUUAAAAUUGACAUCAAAGGUAAGAGGACCCUCUUUUCAUUUCCAGAAAGAAGUCUUAGAUUCGAUUUCAAAUUACAGGAUAUCUUUUCAAAAUGAACAAAUCUUUGUUCAUUAUUUUGGUAAAAAAGUGUCUGUUCACGUCUGUUGGGCAUUAUUUUCAUUUGCAAAACAGUCGAGAUGAAAUUCAAAGAUUUGUUCAUUUUGAAAAGAUUAUUAUUAUUUUGUGUUUUGGAUGGUUGUCUGUUCGAUGUGGAAUAUGUCUUUCAUUUUCCAUUUGUGUUGUUUGUGAUUGUCUUGUUGAUUGAUUGUUGUUAUUGAAUGUGUCAAUGGAAUUGGGAAUUGAUAAAAAUAUGAGCUGAUCCUGAUAUGUUAUCCCUUUUCCUUUUUCUCCAUUUAGGGGGUCAUGGUGCCAAUUGAAAUUUAAUAUCGACAUCAAAAUAAAAAUUGUAGGUAUUCAAAUGUUUCUCUCAGAUAGGACAUUACAGUCACAGAUACUGUAUCUCUAAUUGCGUAUCUACAAUUAUACUUACUUUUACUUAAAAGUCAAGUAAUAUAGCUCAUCAAUAAAUUACACUGAAAGUUUCAUGAGAUUUUAGCACCUCUAUUGUACUUGAAAUAACCAGAAAAAAUAUUUAAAAGU